UACCGGCGUGAACUUUCUUCCGUGUUCCGUGUCUCUGAUACUAUACAGAAGGAAACAUGUGUUCUAUUUUAUUAUCUUGUGAAGUAAAAGAGCCGUGUGAUUGUUAGCCUUACUUGCUGACCACCGCUCCUUAGUGCACUGUGCGAAAAGAGAAAGCAGCUCUGCGGUUAUGAGCGAAGGGUGACGUCAUUAGCUGUUUCUUACCGCUACUUCCGAGAAAUGGUGAUAUCAAGACGAAAUUCAGACUUAAACAUGUGUCAAGUAUUGUUAACCCAGAGGCAGGAUAAUAUUGUUUUAACCAAGGAUUAUUAGUGCUUGGUGACAGGAAGAAAGUUCGCGCAAACUUUCACAUCCUAGACAUUCCUAAAUCACUCCACGUUAAACUAAAACACGUCACAACCUCUAAGAACACUUUCCCUUCACCAAUAAAAAGACAAAAAAUACAUCCUGUAGUAAAAGCUAGACAAUCAACGCUCUGCAAGCAUUUGAGUGGAUCUUCAUCGCUUUUACAAAAAGAGGCGGAACUAAUAAUAAAAAGAGCGAGAUUUCUCCGCUCCUUUAGUGAGAUCAGGAAAAUAUUAAACGACCUGCAAGCAUCACGGAGGGAGCUUCAGCAGAUACGAAAAUAAUAAUAAUGAUAAUAAUAAUAAUAAAUAAAAAAUGAAUAAAUAAAAAAGAGUGAGGUUCCUCCGCUCCCUCGCCAAAAUCUUCAAGUGACAGAAAUAAAACCAAAAAGGACCUGCAGUCAUCACUGUGAGACCUUCAUCGCACCCACAAAAGGGGAAAAGCAAAAGGAGAGGUACCAGAGUAAAUUAAAAAGAGCGAGGUUUCUCACCUCCGCCCUGGAUCCUUCCUCUGGUUCCUCCUCCUUCUGAUUCCUCCCCCUAGCUCCUCCUCCACCCGGUUCCUCCCUCUGGUUCCUCCUCCUUCUAAUUCCUCCCCCUGGAUCCUCCUCCACCCGGUUCCUCCCUUUGGUUCCUCUUCCACCCGGUUCCUUCCUCUGGUUCCUCCUCCACCCGGUUCCUUCCUCUGGUUCCUCCUCCUUCUGAUUCCUCCCUCUGGUUCCUCCUCCACCGUGGUUCCUCCCUCUGGUUCCUCCUCCGCCCUGGUUCCUCCUCCGCUGUGGUUCCUGCUUGUGGUUCCUCCUCCGCCAGCCCCUCCGUUCCCGUUCCUCGCUGGCCAAUGUUUGUGUUGUUGGUGGGAACAUGGCGCGGGUGACCAUCUUCAGCUGCGCCUGUUGUCUGAGAGCUCUAUGGACACCAGAAGAGAUAGAGCAGCACACAAGAUCACAACAAAUUGAUAAAGAAAUACAAAAAGACCGGCAAAGAUACAGACGGCAGGUUAAACUUUUAUUGUUGGGGGCGGGAGAGUCAGGGAAAUCGACCUUCCUGAAGCAGAUGCGCAUCAUCCACGGCUACCGGUUUGGACACGAUGAGGUCGAUGAAUAUAGAGAAACUAUUUACAAAAAUAUUGUUAUGGGCAUGAAGGUGUUGCUAGAUGCAAGAGACAAGCUCAGAAUACCCUGGGGAGAUCCAUCACGAGAACCUUACGGGCAACAUGUAAUGAAGUUUAUGGGGUCUAUGUCCCUUGACAGACAUGUAUUUCUUGAAUAUGUACCCAGUGUCAAGGAGUUGUGGAAGGACUCAGGCAUUCGUCUAGCGUACAGCAGACGAGCAGAAUUCCAAUUGACUGACAGUGUAUCAUAUUUUUUCGACAAUUUAGACAGAAUAGGUGUUCUGGAAUACAUCCCCACAGAGAAGGACAUUCUCCACUGCCGCAAAGCCACCAAAGCAAUCACAGAAUUCACAAUACCUAUUCAAAAUGUACCAUUUCUCUUUGUGGACGUAGGAGGGCAGCGUACACAAAGACAAAAAUGGUUCCAGUGUUUUGAGAGUGUUACCUCAAUAAUAUUCUUAGCAUCAUCCUCAGAGUUCGACCAAAGGUUGUUGGAAGAUAGGAUCACAAAUAGGUUAGAAGAGUCGCUCAACAUCUUUGGAACAAUAGUGAACAACCGAAGUUUUCGUGAUGUUUCCAUCAUUCUCUUCCUAAACAAGACUGAUCUCCUUAUUCAGAAAGUCAGAUCAAGACAAAGCAACAUUUCACAUUAUUUUACAGAUUUUGUGGGCAAUCCACAUGAUGAAAGAGAUGUCCAGCAGUUUAUCUUGCACAAGUUUGUGGAACAACGGCGAGCAGAUAACAAUCGACGGCCACUGUUUCACCAUUUUACAACAGCUGUUGACACAGAAAACAUAAAAGUUGUCUUUAACUCUGUAAAGGACACCAUUCUCCAACGUAAUUUGGAAACACUUAUGCUCCAGUGAAAAGUAGGAAGAGUUAGCUAUAAGGCCACAUCUUAGCACAGUUCACAAAACAGACUACUUACUGUAAGAAGCUCAAAAUAAUUAUUUGAGUUAUUAAGAAUGGUUAUGACCAAAUGUCAUUUUUGUAAGAAUUGAUAUAGUUAUAGCAGAUUCAUUCAGACAUUUAUGGGUGCAUGUUUCUGGAGAUAAAAACUUAGAUCAGCUGAAGUGGCUGAACACAAAUGCAAGGCAGUAAAAAGUUCAGUUAAAUGAGCUCUAGAGUCUUUACACUGUGACUAGAUCUAAAGAGUACCUAAUGUGAUAGUAGAAGACCCUAAUAUUGACUUAGGAAAUAAGGAAGGAUCCCUUUUAUACUGUACCAUUGAUGUCUUGUGGUUGAAUUACCUUCCCCCUUCAUUCAGUUGUUUCUUUUUGUUUUGUUUUUCAUAAGAAGGUAGUGUCUGUAAGUACAAUGCUCAAAGCUUAAAUAAAAAGACCCAUUUUUCACAUAACUAAUGUCACAAGUAUUUGAUUGUAGUUAACAUGAAAGAAAAUGAUAGCAGAACCUGGGGAAUGCCAACUGUAAGGAUAUUAGCAUUUUCCAGCCUUGUGGUUUUAAGUCAUGUUAUUGACCUGAUGUAAGACUACUGCAUCCUUUGCUUGAAAGUAAUUUAUUAUCAGGACAAAUUGUGGAAAGGAAGCAGUUGAUCAAAGCCACUUUCUUGAUAAUAAGGCUAUGGAGUUCCACAUAAAAUAUAUCUUCUUUUCUCUAAAAUAACUUUUCUGACAAGCAGUACAUGAUGAAAGCACAAAAGAUAUGAUAAGACUGUCCUUUUCCAUACCCUUUAGACAGUUUAAGACCUAUUACAAAAUACUUGCAUGCAUUAUAACAAGUUCAUUCAUUUAUUUAAGUAAAAAUAUGACCGUUUGUAUGAGCUUAAUUAAGUAGGUAAAUCUUAACCAUUAAUUGUAAUGCCAGACUUCAUUUCUUUCUGUGCAUGCUGAACAAUAUUUGUGUGUUUGUAAAUAUUAAUAGAUAAUAGUCUGUUAUUUUUUUCAUUACGCAGAAUUUCCUAUUGAUGUGUCUGCAUUUAUACCUGGUUUAGUCUAACAGAACAAUUUGUAAGGAGUGUAAUCAGCUGUCAAGAAUGAAUCAAUAUUAACCCGUAAUUAUUGCAGUGCAUAAUGAAAAUAUCUUUGACUAUAUCUUACAUAAAUGCAGGAAAGCAAGUCACUCUUUUUUUAUUUAUUUUUUGCAUUUUGUUUAUGGGAUUGAAGUUUAUCUGUUAACAGUUUUUGCUUGAGUAUCUGUUUAGGUUACUCAUUCAAUUGGUCGUAUGACAAUAACUUGUAUUCCUUUAGUGGUUGAAUUAUAUGUUUGUUUAUAUUGACAAAUAGUGGUAAGAAUGAUCAGCAUUUUUCUGUGUAUUCCUGGUGUAAGUUGUUCAUAACUUAGGAGGGUGUGCUUUGAAAGUUUUGAAGAAAGGUUUUCCAACUUAGCAGCUAUUUUUAGGCAGCAAAUAGGUAAGCAGAUAAUGCAUUUUCCUUUUUUUAUUUUUAUAUCUGAUUUGUUGCAAAAUGAUUUUGUUUGCAAUCUGAACAGCUACUGAUACUGCAAGUCCUUCCAGCAUAUUCAGUCUUCAACACAAGCUUGUAUAACAGGGUAUAUAGUAUUUUACAAAUGCAGAUCAGAUGGUUAGAUUCUCAGUGAAUACUACUUUCCACUCAUGUUAUUGUUUUACAGUUUGUUAAAGAAUAUGGUUCUUUCUUAAUACAUACAUUUACAAUGCCAUCUUGUCAAGCAACUUGUUUUUCUUUCUAUACAAGAUGGAUUUGCUGUUAUAUUUGCACUUAUUUUGAGGUAUGAUAACCUUAUGCCCAUUAUCAAUAUCCUUCCUUCCUUUUCCUAUUUAGCCUGUUAUAAAUACCAUAAAUGUGCAGGUGACAUGUGGUAUACAUUCAGUUUUAUGACUUUUGGAGGAUAAGGAAAGCCAGUAGACUAUUUUUUUUUUUCUCAUCAUGGAAGGAGUUACCACCUCAGCAAACCCAGUUGCCCAUCCACUGCAGAUGAUGAUGACUAUUGUAUAUAUAGAAAGUGACAAGAGUACAGUUACUUUACUCUGGCUUGCCAUAAAUUCGGGUUGUACUCAACCUUGCCCCAGAUAUCUUAUUUGCUUUGCUUUAGAUAUCAUCUCAUGUUUUUUUUCUUCAUAGGCUAGCUAAUAUAUCUAGUCACAUCAUGUUGAUGAUGUAAUGUGUAGCAGCUUUUCAUGCCCCAUUAUUCCUUUAUAAACUUGAAAUAUGAAAAGCCAUUUUUUUUCCAGAUAACAGUGAUAUAUUAGUGAUACCCUUUGAUGAGAAAUGGUUUGGUUUCAUAUUUUUAUGUUUGUAUUAAGAUAGCCUUGAAUUAUUUUUUUUCCUUCACAAAUUCAUACACCAAAUGACAUAAGUAACAUCUGUGUGAAAAGUGAAUUAAUUCUGCAUUUUCCCUGAGUAUAUAUAACUGUUACUCUACUGUCAGUUGUAGUUGAGUUCCAUGUAAAGUAAUUGACAUGAAAUAGGAGCCUUCCAGAUGGUUGAUUAUAUUUAUUGAUUAUAUAUGUAUAUUAUUUUAUUAUUUUUAGUACAUCAGUAUGCAGCAUUACCAAUAGUAACUAGGUGCUUCCAUGCUUAUGUGAAUUUCUUCCAUUGGUUACAUGUAUCCAAGAUUUUUCAAUCUGCCAUUAGUACAAUUUCAUACCUGAACCAAGAACCAAUGACAUUUGCAAUAAGACUGCAUUUCUGUAUAUAUUUCAUUACUCUAUACAAAAUUAAACUGCAUGCAAGAUGAGUUUAGCUUGAGACUAUAAAACAGUUAUUAUAUGAGAUUGGUGAUUGCAGGUCUCACAGAGGUAAAGCUUAUGUAAGUUUUACUCUGAUAAUUAACUUUUUAAUUUGUUAAAGUCCAAAAAGUUAAAGCAAUAAUAUUUUGAGGUAAAAUGGUGUACAUAAUGAGGAAAGAAUUUGUGAAUUGUUAUGAUAUUGAGAAGGUUAAGUAUUGUAUUUUUUAUAUGAAGUCAUGUAAUUGUGGACCGAAUAAUGAAUGAAGUUGUUCAAGACUAUUAUCAGCAUUUAGCUUUCAGAUGCAGUUGUGUUAGUAAAUAGAAAGAUAGUAAAUGGAAAGAUAAGAUAUCAGAAGGCAAAAUCUAAAUAGAACAGACUAAACUAAACGUGUUUUAUAAGAUCUAACCAUGGCUUUUUAAAUCUAUUGAAGAAUUCAGAUACAAAUCCCUGUCUGCUUUUGCAAAUAGAUUUACUGCUCAAAAAUCAAAAUUAUGCCAUUAAGUAGCUGUGUGCAACAAAUAUAUUUCUCAUACAUUAUAUAAAAGUAAUGUAUAAAAGCUUACAUUUGCUUAUAUUUUUGGCCUCGUGUGUGAACAUUGGCAACACCUGUCUGCAAGACAUUUGAUUUAUCAUUAUAUGUUCUCUAUUUGCAUUACCUUCCAUGAAUACAAUGCAUGUAAGUGAGCACACAGUUGGAGUGUGUGUGUGUUGUAUGUGCAUGCAUGUGUGUAGGCAUGUGCAUGCUUUCGUAUGUCUUGUUUGUGUGUUAGUAAGAGUAUAAGCUUGUUUAUUUUACCUCUGUUUCACUACUUGGUAAACGUCUUGAACAUCUUUCUUAAAACUGAGCCGUUUCUCUGCUAAGAGCAAGAGUAGACUAAAUCUAUAAAAAGGAGUCAAUCUGAAAGACAUCAGUAUAGCAUAUUAGUAUGAUAUAUACUUUUUUUUCUUGUCUUAUUUUCUCUUAACUCGUGGAGUAGUUCCCCUUUUUGAUCCCACCGACUGGUGUACAGUAUAUUGAAUAACUUUUGUCUUUUUUCCCUUUUCUUUCUUUCUUCCCCUUGAAGACAAAGAUUCAGGGCAUCAUCUGCUGAAAACAAAAGAACUGAGCACAACCUAAGCUAUACCUCAUGCUCCACGGGUUAAUUGAUAUUUAUGUAUAUUAUGAAAUGUACUGAAAAAUUUUCAUAGCUACAAUGCACCCAAAUACAGAUUUACAGUUGGAAUAUUUAGACAAUAUUACAGUGUGUCAGGUACACCAUUUUCAGGCUGAUACAUUUAUGUAGACAAAUGUUAGCAGAGUAGAAAUGUUCAUUCUUGUAUUUUAUUAUAUUGAUUUACAGAUAGUUGUAAUUAAGUAGUUUGAGAAGCUAGUUGGAUUAAAUUCAUUAUCAAGAGAGGAAAAAAAAACUAUUGGCCAUUAUGUGUCUACAUAUAAUAAUAUUAUGUUCAUUAUGAUGCAUAUUAGCUUAUAUAUUACACUAUUUUCUCUCUCUGGAUGUAAUGCUCAAAUACUGUUAAGAGGAUACAUUGUCCAGAUUAUCCAUGUUUCAAAAACCUGCAUAGAUAGUAAAACUGUAAUGAAGCUGUAAAGCAUACUUUAUAUUCAGCACUGUAUUUUAUUAUUUUCUUUUGAUGUUGUAUAUAUAUCAUGAGGGAAUCACUACCCUCAUGAUGGGUCACAAAUCAUGCCUUCUUUUUCUUCUGCUUUGCAAUCAGUUCAAAUUUUGGGCAGUGAUAACUUCUGAGUGUUUCUGUAUUGUUGUUUGUUGUAAACAGUGUUGAGUUAUUUAUUUAUUUUUAUUGCUUGGGAUUAAGUUGUUAUUAUUUGAUGGUAAGACCGAUAUUUUUGUAGAUGAAGUUCCACUGUGGAGCAGAUAUCUCCAUAUUUUUAGGUUGAAGAAGACUGAUUUGUUUAUAACCUCUUGAGGGUUGAAAAAAGUCAUUUACACCUUUACAAUCUGGUAUUCUGAAAGCAGCAUCAUUACUGUAUUUUUAAGAUUUUAUGAUUGUAGCCAG